CACCUGCUAAAGCGUGGAUAACAAGGAUAACGUCACAGUUCAUAGGUUGGAGUAGAGCGGAAGUGGUUGGCUGUUCCUGCUACUGCAUGAAGUGCAGGCAGCUUCCAACAAGCUAACAGGCUGUGUUUUGGUUGUUUGCUACCGGAGAAGAAAAAUAUGAAAACGAAUGAAAUGUGUGAAAGAUGAAACCGGCAAAUCAAAUGCAUUUCCCCGGCGUCGCCUCUGAAGAGGAUACGCUAGCUUAAAGAAACCCGGAAGUGUUGAAGGACCCUGCAGCCACAGACACAGACACAAUGAGUGCCAAGUAUGGCCUGGUGGGCUACAACAGUUCACGGAAGCACAUUUCAAUCUCCAUCCCGUCAUCCACAGAGGUGAUGUCGCCACACAUAAAGUCUGUUGAAGAGCUGAGGGUCCUGGGAAUCAAUCUGAGCAACUUCAGUGCCCCUACACAGUUCUUCAUCUGUGUGGCUGGAGUCUUCCUCUUUUACCUCAUCUAUGGGUACCUGCAGGAGCUGAUAUUUUCAGUGGAAGGAUUCAAACCUUUUGGUUGGUACCUCACUCUGGUCCAGUUUGGCUUCUACUCCGUCUUUGGACUAGUGGAGCUACAGCUGACUCAGGACAAGCGCAGAAGGAUACCAGGGAAGACAUAUAUGAUCAUAGCAUUUCUAACAGUGGGAACCAUGGGCCUGUCCAAUACCUCUCUGGGUUACUUGAACUACCCUACACAGGUCAUUUUCAAGUGCUGUAAACUCAUCCCUGUCAUGAUUGGAGGAGUGUUUAUACAAAGUAAACGCUACAAUGUGCCUGAUGUGUCUGCUGCCGUCUGCAUGAGCCUGGGACUCAUCUGGUUUACACUAGCUGACAGUAAAGUGGCCCCUAACUUCAACGUCACAGGUGUCCUCCUCAUCUCCCUGGCACUGUGUGCAGACGCUGCCAUUGGAAACAUGCAGGAGAAAGCCAUGAAACUUCAUAAUGGCUCCAACUCUGAAAUGGUGCUGUACUCGUACUCUAUUGGUUUUGUGUACAUACUGAUAGGCCUGCUCUGUGUGGGUGGGCUGAGGCCAGCAGCGGCAUUCUGCUCAGAGCACCCUGUCAGGACAUACGGUUAUGCAUUCCUCUUCUCUCUUACGGGUUAUUUCGGCAUUUCCUUUGUUCUGGCCUUGAUCAAGCUCUUUGGUGCCCUGGUUGCAGUAACAGUGACCACUGGGAGAAAGGCCAUGACUAUCAUACUUUCUUUCAUGUUCUUCACAAAGCCUUUCACUUUUCAGUACAUCUGGGGCGGCCUUCUGGUGCUUUUUGGCAUCUUUUUGAAUGUUUACAGUAAGAACAGAGAUAAAAUGAAGCUUCCCUCUAUCAAGGAACUCAGGAGUCGGCUGCUGUCAAGAAAGAAAGUCAGUUUUCUCUCACAAGAUGUAUAGGAGACACCCAGUGACACAUUGGAAGUCCUGCACAGGCAGAUCAUAUGUCUGCCCAUACGUAGAGUUGGCCCCCCUGUCUUGGGGGAUAUGCUGUGCAUAUGCCUGAGCUACAGGCCUCAUCAGGACCAACAGUCAGCCAAGGAUGGAUAUACAGGGUUUCACCACCAAUCACCUUCACAAAUGGCUGACAUGACUAAAAUAUGAUGAGUGAUGGAGUCUCUGCAUCCUGUCUCUAUGAAAUUACUCUUACUUGCAGCAAAGUGAAGGAACUGUUACUAUAUUGUAAAAGGGAUCAGUGGCCAGUGAGCUCUUGUGAAAUGGUGCCCCACAGAAACCUAUCUAACAUGGAUCACACCAAGACACUAAUGGACAGCCAGCGCCUUAGCUAACCAAAUCACAGUUUUGCACUGGAACCUAUACCUAAAUUAUUGAGAAGCCAGACAAAAAUGAAACCGUGGAGGAAAGGACGACAGAGAGAAAAGUUAGUGUCCUGUCUGAGAUGAAUGUAUGACCACCACCUUGAAAGAAAAAGAUCCAUUGGGCUAAAAAUAAAUACGUGUUCCCAUGUAUGACAAAGACAAAAUAAAAGUUGUUUUACAUAAUUAUUCUUUAUAAAAGUGGCUUUUUUCAUUGUGACUUGGUAAUUUAUAUCUAACUGUAACCUAAAUCAUGAAAAAUGUGUGAUCUUUGUCAUUAUAUGGUGACAUUUUGACAAAUAUGGAGAAAUCUGUUCAACUGUACAUAAACAUUGUCUACUGCAAUAAUCUGCUAACUGUGUGUUUGGGUGAAACGGUGCCACCUUUUUUACAAUAAAACAGGCAGAUGUUUCUCUUAAAAGUU